AUGAGUUUUAUCAGUGACAAGGACUUUGAUGAACAAUUCGAUGAUCUCUCUGAUUCUGACAUCUUCCAGUCCUUUAACAAUAACCCCCCACCACUUGAACCACUUCAACAAAAACAGCAACAGCAACAGCAACAACGACAAAAACAACAACAACAACAUUCUCAAAGACAACUGAGAACCUUAUCUACUGUAAAAAAAAGUAAUGAUAUCCAGAAACAGACUUCCCAACCAAAUGAAUCGUCUUCUAGCGACACAUCGGUGACCCUUGCUGCCAUCCCAUCAGGCAAUGUCACCAGUUCUGAUCGCAACAAGCAGCUCGAAAAUGAAAUUGAAAGACUUAAGGCCCAGCUCCAGAAAGCAGAAGAUGAUCGCAACAUGGCACGCGGAAAAGUUACAAUUCUUGAAACAAAUCUUGCCCGCGUUUCCACAGACCACAAAACAAGACUAGAUAAUAUUCUUUAUGAACAUGAACUUCAACGUACUGCCCACCAGAAUGCUGUCCAGCAACUAAAGCAUGAGGUAGAGGUUGUUCAAAACGAAAGGGCACUCAUGCAAAAUGAUUUGACUAGUUUGCAAGCUCGCGUGCGCGCACUAUCUCAAAACGUGGCUGCAAAUAUCAACAGUCCAGUGAACCAGCAACAAAGAGGACAAGGAAUUGGAUCAGGCCCAGGAGGAUUCGGAGCCCCCAUGGGCCAUCAGGAAAUGCUAAUGACCCAAGGUUCACCGCUAGCUGCUGCGAAUGAACGUAGGCGUGGCAGAGGUGUUGGCAGUGAUCUUGCGCCUUCGUUCAGAGAUGGAUUUGCAAACAUCCAUGCGAAUGCAAAUGGUGGAGCUGCGUCGCCAAAGAAAAGACGAAUUGCACAGAACUUUUCAGACAAGGCAAUCGAGCUGCGGAAUCUUAUGUCGGAGCCUGAGCAACAGCUUCAGGAAGAUCAACUUGAGUUGGAACCAUCGGGUUCGCUACAACCACCACCUGUUUGGCAACACAUACAUCCCAAAGUUUCACAACAACAGCAGCAGCAACAACAACAACAGCAGCAGCAGCAGCAGCAACAACAACAGCAGCAGCAACAACAACAACAGCAGCAGCAGCAGCAGCAACAACAACAGCAGCAGCAGCAACAACAACAGCAGCAGCAGCAGCAGCAGCAGCAGCAGCAGCAGCAUCAAAAACAAAAACAACAGCUACAACCCCAACCACAACUACCCAAAAAACUAGAUACCCCACCUCCAUUUGUCACCGCUAAACUGAAGGCCCAGGAAACAGAAAUCUCCGGACUUCGUAAGCAACUUAUAGAGAAUACCGCCCAUGGUGAAGCCAAACAACAAACCGUGGAAUACAUUGAAAUGAUUCUUAACCAUACUGUUUUUGGCAACUUUUCUCCAUCCUGGGACAUUCUUAGCAAGUGGAGUAUGAAAAUUGAUAAUAACUUUCUCCCCAUUUCACGUAUCCUUCAAGCUGCGCUUUUUUCCGAUGAAACUGGAGACCCAUCUGCUUCAACACUCACACAAGUCGUGGACAGUUUUCUUGAGCGAUGUAAGGCAGUAAUAUUCAAGUGCAUUGACGACAAUCGUUACGGACCCAUUCCUAUCAUUUUUCAGCUUAUCAACUCUACCGUCAACUAUUUCCCCGAUGCUAUUCUUCUUGAACAUUCACUUACAUCCUUCAUCUGCUCCUUCAUUGAAACUCACGCACCUUACCUUAAAUCUCUUCCCAACUCUGACAAAAUUUCCAAGUGGACGUACGACCCCUUUAAGCUCCCAGACUUAUCAUACCUACACCCAGUUAACAUGGAUUCCCAAAUAUACCCUAACGACGCAUUCAAAGAAAUCAGCAUUGUUUACUCGCUUGACCUUCUUGAAAAUGUGUCAACUCAUGCCGGAGCUUUGUCUUCUGACGCUUACAAGGCUGUUUGGGGCAGCGUCCCUUAUAGUACCAUUUCCUUGCUACUUAGCAACAAAAUUACCUCCAACAUUCUUUUGAAAGUAGUGCUGGCAUUGCUUUCUUCAGUUUCUAAUAAUACCAUUGGCUCCAUCCGCCGUGAAGUGCUCACAAAUAACGUGCGCGCUGCAGAAGAAAGUGCAGCAGCAGCAGCAGCUACUGCGGCAGCUUCUGCAACUACUGCUGAUAAACGUGGUACCACUCCUGACUUUUCCCGAUCAACAACACCCUUGUCCAAUAGCAUUUUCGACCGAUCUAAUACCCCACAAGAACGCAACGAGCGUGAGCUUAUCUCUGCGCUAUCUGCACUUCUUGUUGACAACAUUAACGCGCGACACGUCCUUCUUUUUGCUGGUCUCGAAACCCUUUCCUCAACCAAACAAAACCCGUCACUCUUGAGCCACUCGUUCACUUACAUUUACUACAAUGACGUUUACAGUCUGGGGAAAACAACUGCAUGCACACUCACAACUUCAAGCAGUGGCACAAAUAGCCAACAGACAAGCAUAUCGUUCUCAGAACCACUCAGGUUUGCAUCGUUGUACAAGAGCCCUGAGCAGUACUACCACGAACUUGCUGGACUCAACACAGCAACAACGCUGGUUCUACGGCGUGCUGUUAUCAAAUUCUUUUUACUGUGCUCUGUUACUAAAUCGCCAACCGUCAUUGCGCACUCCCGGCACGCUAUGGUUGCAGUCAUCCAGUGCAUGGCCCGCCACCUCGACACCGUGUACCAAAGUGUGGAACCCGACACAGGUGCCGUUGCUCUCAUUGCCGACUGCGUUACCCUUCUGCACAGCUUAUGGGAUUCGCUUAUGCCACCACCACUGGCUCUCCCCCCAGCUAUGGCCGACUCGCAGUUUGCCGAAGCUCACCCAGUCUCCAAGAUUCUUGCUACUCUUCCGCAUGGUGUCAGCUAUGAGCUCGUGAUUGCAAUGUCCCGUAUCGGGUUCAGUGGCGAAGGCACGACCGGAAGCGAUGACGACAUGCACGAUGACGAAAAAGAUGAGGAUGAUCUCCGCGACUUGAUGCGCCCAUUAUUUUCUCCAGUAAUUGUUGAUAUGGCACGCCAGGUUCUCGAGUACAAUAUUACAAGUGACGAGGCUGAUUUUAUUUGCAUGCAACUGUCCAGCAUUUAG